AGCAGUUCUGCAGCACGUCUUGGUCUUUAAUUUGUAGCUGGAUGAACACCGGAGGGGUAGGCAAAGUACUACACCACUCACCUCCUCCACGUCGUAGCACGCUAGGAAACUCGUCUUUAUCGGCAAGAUGUCUAGUUCCGUUACGCCACCGAGUUCUUCAGGAGGACUGAUGCCGCUGCUUAGGGCGCAGCCACCAUGGCUUAUUGGCAGCACAGUUGCUUUGGUGCUUGGUUGCAUCAUACUCGACGUGGACAAACACCUGGUUCCACCCAGAGACGCGCCGUUCUACGAAAACGAUGCACGGCUCGGGCAUCCAGUAAGGCAUGACACAGUGCCAGCGUGGUUCGUCAUUGUCUUCGCUUAUUCCGCGUACCUCCCUAUAGCUUUAACGGCAGCUAUGGGGGCCGUGGCUUCGCGAGGCCAUAACUUGCGAUACUGGGGCAGCUAUGACAGGCCAAAAGGAGCACAGCCGUACUUGGCGCUAUUAUCAACAUACGCAAUUCUUUUGGAUUGAAGUAUAGGACUUGAUUUGGAAUAAGCAGAAAAGAGAAAAGGACGUCUAGAUCUAGAAGCAGGUGAAUCAGUGCUUCUCCAUGAUUGUCCUCCUCCAGGUGUCCGACGUUGCUAUAUUACAUUUUUGCGGUCGCUUUGGUGCAUUUCCUGACAUCCGUGUCUAAAAUCUACGUUGGUAGAAAGCGACCAAACUUCUUUGCGAUAUGCGAAUAUGAUUUUAACGCAAGCCCAAAGGUCCCAGCUUUUCCGGGUAGCAGCCUCAUUCCAGCAAACGUGAAAUACUGCAGAAGAGAUCCGGUCGGAGCGAUGGUACUUGCUAUCAUGAUUUUGUUCAGCUUCAGAACAAAUUUUUGUGGUGCAGACAGAUCGACAGUGGAGCCUUUCAUCGACUUGCUGGAUUUACUUACUGAAGACAAUAAACAUCUUCUUGUUAUUCCACUCCCACGACCUGUGUCUGUGGCUUGACAAUACGACUAGUACAACAAUUUAGAUCAUGCAUUUUGGUACUACAGUUAUCUUUUCCCUCCGGACAUUCGUCGUUAUCAUGGGUUUCCAGUACCUGGCUGGCUUUGGAACUGAACGCCAGGCCUCUGGCACAGUGCGGCUUUCUACUGUUUGCGUCUUUCGUCGCGUGUAGCCGCGUGGUCGAUUUCCGGCACCAUCCUGAGGACAUAAUAGCAGGAAGCGUCUUGGGUGGCCUCGGCGCAUUCAUGGUACAUCGGCAAAUGAUACGUGCGCAUUUCGUGCUAGAAUCCGGAUUGGUUUCACCACUAACUGGAACACCCCCAGGAGGAAAACGAAGUGCUCAGCUGGCAGAAUAAGCGGUCUCUUGAUUUCUGGGGCAGAGAUGAAAUUGGGACAGAUGCACUUUGUCGUGAAAUAGCUGGGAAUCUGCUACGAAUCAUGUGGGAGUAGAAUACAGUAGAUAGAUGUACGAAUGAUCAUUACAGUAGAUGCUCCUACUGCAGUGUUCUAAACGAGGCAGAAGGCUUUGCAAACGACCUGUCAUAUUCCGAGAAUUCUUCGAACGCACCGGGUGCUGGGCAGUGGACUCGUUGUCGAU